CCGUCAGCAGCAGUUACAUUGUCACUUGGACACUUUGACGAGUAUGGAUGCAUUGAAACUGGGCUUUAUUCUCCUUCUACCACUAACUGCAUGCUCUCAAGAUUUAGGAGGAGAGACUGUUGUGAAAACAAUUGGGAAGCAACCAGAUGUCACUCAGAUAUGCAGCAAUGAAACAGAGACGCUCACUCUGAUAGUUUGUACGAUCAGAACUCAGAUAAGUGGAGGAAGAGAGUGUCGUCUGCUGUUUCAACACGGACAAGACUUUGUUCAUGGAUGUGAGUCCAGGUUCACUCUGAUGAAAGAAAAUCAGACUGUGUUUCUCCACCUGAUCAAUUUAACAUCAGAGGACAGUGGGACCUACACCUGCCAGUGUACAGAUCUUGAAGGAACACAUGUUCUCCAUCUUAAUGUCACUGUGGAAGAUUCAGGAAGGAGCGCUUCAACAAGUAUUGAAAUUUAUUUUGCACUGACUGGUGUCACCGUGUUCAUCAUUGUAACAUUAGUUCUCCUUGGAUUUAUCUACAGACGUCUACGCCACAGAAAACAACCAAAACCACUGAGCAGUGCUCCAAACACGAGGCCAGAAGACAUUGAGCCGUACAGCACCUUCAUACGGAGAGAAAGUGGACUUUAUUCAACUGUCAAAGUGCACGACUCCAAACUGAAUACUAACAAUUCAAACGUGUUAACAGAAGAAGACCCACAACUGAGCCAGUCUUUGUAGGACUGGAAUAAUGACGUUAUUAAACAUGACGUUAUUAAACCACGGCAAGUGUAGUUUGGCAUACUCACCACAAGGUGGCAUUAUUUGCCUUCAAUUCGUAACUCAUUCUUCUGUAAACAACAGCAAGACGAACAGAAACAGCUGAUCAAAAUGCUGUUUUCAAGGGAAACAUUAAAAACAGCAUUUUAUAGCUUUUAUGUAAAUAUUUUGUUACAAACUGCAGUAAAUAUUUUAUCCAUCAUUUGUUGUGUUUUCCACCCCCAAAACAGAAGAAAUAACCAUCAAAUUCUGACUUUUUAUAUGAGUAAAGUACAGUAAAAAAUAAUUAAAUAAUUUUAGAUCCACUUUUUCUUUAUUCACUGUGAUGGAUUUCAUGUGUAGUUAGUGAGACAUCUUAAGAAUUAUACAUAUUCAUCUUGUUUCUAGAAACAAAAUGAAUGACUCAGCCUGAUGGCCUCACUCUG